AUGGCCUUCCCUACCAUUGUCCUGCAAGCCUCCCGCUUGGCCGCUACUAUUUACCUGCGAGCUGCGAAAGACGGAAUACCUCUUGAAGACCAUAGAAAUCAUGACGACGUGAACCGCCUGGGCGCGCUUUUGCAUGAGAGUCCGCUGACGGCUUUUAACGGGAGCCGCUGCGGCGCAGUCCCAUCCCAAAAGACAGUAUUUGGUGGCCGAGCUAAUUAG